CGCGUUUUUGUCAAAGAAGAACAACUGUUGAAUCUCUCUCUCUCUCUCUCUCUCUCCCUCUCCCUCUCCCUCUCAUAGUCUUCUCUCUCUCUCUCUCCACUAUUUUCACAGGAGCUCCCAACUUAGGGUUAGGGUUUCAAGCCAAAAAAAAUCCCGUCCCUCUCCCCCACAAACCCUUGAAAAAACACGGGAUUUCAGCAAACCUGUCUACGACCCUUUGACCCUAUUAGGGUUUUGAGAAAUGGGUCCUGAAAAAAAAUGGUACCAUCCUUACAAACCCUUGAUAAAAAUGCUCCUUUUUCUCUCCCUCUUGAUCCUCGCCGCCAGCUCCGUUUCUGGCUCCGAUUCCGACAAAUCGGCGCUGUUGCAGUUCAAGGCCUCGCUAUCGGACCCCUACGGAGCUCUAUCGAACUGGGUUCCGACCGGUUCGAGCCACUGCUCUUGGGUUGGAGUCACUUGUGAUUCUAAUUCUAGGGUUUCGGCCCUCAACAUAACCGGCAGCGGCCGCGGCGAUGGAGGUAACUCUUGUGCUAGAAUUGCUCAAUUUCCACUGUACGGGUUUGGUAUUAGGAGGAAUUGUUACUAUGGUAGUGAUAAUGUUGUUAAGCUCACGGGUUCGAUCUCGCCUGAGGUCGCGAAGCUUACUGAACUUAGGGUUUUAUCGCUUCCUUUCAAUGAAUUGAGUGGUGAGAUUCCCGUGGAGGUGUGGGGGAUGGAGAAGUUGGAAGUUCUUGAUCUGGAAGGGAACGACAUUACCGGGUCAUUGCCGUCUCGUUUUGGGGGUUUGAAGGGGUUGAGGGUUCUUAAUUUGGGGUUUAAUGGGAUCUCGGGGGAGAUACCGGAUUCGCUCUCGGGUUUUACGAGUCUUCAGGUGUUGAAUUUGGCUGGGAAUCGAGUAAACGGGUCUGUCCCGGGGUGGGUUGGUGAGUUUACAGAUUUGAGGGGGUUAUACUUGUCUUUCAAUCAACUGAGUGGAGCUGUUCCGAAGGAGAUUGGGGUUAGUUGUGGGAAACUUGAGCAUUUGGAGCUUGCUGGUAAUUUCCUGAUCGGUGGGAUUCCAAGAAGUUUGGGGAAUUGUAUUGGGUUGCGCUCGCUUGUUUUGUAUUCUAACUUGUUGCAAGAGGCUAUUCCUGUUGAACUUGGUCGGCUGAAUGAGCUUCAAGUGUUGGAUGUAUCGCGGAACAGCCUUAGUGGUUCAAUACCUCCUGAGCUCAAAAAUUGCUCUAAUUUAUCUGUCCUUGUAUUGUCGAAUUUGUUUGACCCUGUUCCGAGUUCAGAAGGUGAUUCCCAUUUAGGGCUAUCUAGCUCUAGUGAUGAAUUUAAUUUCUUUGAAGGGGUAAUUCCUGCUGAAAUUGCGACACUACCGAAACUCAAGAUAAUAUGGGCACCUAGGGUACUUGCUCCGGGCAAUAUGCCCAGCGAUUGGGGUUCUUGUGACAACUUAGAGAUGGUGAACUUUGGUCAGAAUCUUUUCAAUGGGGAAAUCUCCGAGGGGUUUAUCCACUGCAGGAAGCUGCAUUUUCUUGAUUUGAGCUUGAAUAGGUUGACAGGGGAGCUCAGUGAGAAACCGCUGGCACCUUGUAUGACUGUGUUUGAUGUUAGUGGAAAUGCCCUCUCGGGAUCCAUUCCUAGAUUUAACUACACUGCCUGCGCGCGUAUUCCUUCCAGCAGUGGAUACCCUUUUGAGCCAUACGACUUGCCAUCUGUGUAUCUCUCUUUUUUUGCCGAUAAAUGGAAGGUUGGAGUGCCGUUUAUUGGAGAUGUUGGUGGUCUUACAGUUUAUCAUAAUUUUGGUGGCAACAACUUCACUGGGGAUUUGCAGUCUAUGCCAAUUGGACUUGACAGAUUAGGGGAGCAGACAGGUUAUGCCUUUCUUGCUGUUGAAAACAAGCUAACUGGGCCAUUUCCUGGAGAUUUACUUGAGAAGUGCAACGGUUUGGAUUCCAUGAUUGUUAACGUCAGCAACAACAAAAUAAUCGGUCAAAUUCCAGCAGACAUUGGUUCGUUGUGCAAAUCACUUAAAUUUUUGGAUGCCUCUGGGAAUCAGAUUACUGGGAGUAUUCCUCCCAGUAUUGGGGAUUUGGCAUCUCUUGUUUCCCUUGAUUUGAGUUGGAACACGUUACAGAGUCCAAUCCCAAGCAACCUGGGCCAAAUAAGGGAUCUCAAGUAUCUUUCUUUGGCGGGUAAUAAUUUGAGUGGAUCUAUCCCGGCAACCUUGGGGCAGUUGCAUUCUUUGGAAGUGCUUGAUCUUUCCUCAAAUUUGCUUUCUGGUGAGAUUCCAAAAGACCUUGUGAAUUUGAGUAACCUAACUGUUCUUCUGCUCAACAACAAUAAGCUCUCAGGUCAAAUUCCCCCCGGUUUGGCAAAUGUGACAACACUCUCGGCAUUCAAUGCAUCCUUCAAUAACUUAUCUGGGCCUUUGCCAUUGAAGGAUAAUCUAAUGAAAUGCAGUAGUGUUCUUGGAAACCCUUUCCUACGAUCUUGCCGAAUGUUCUCCUUGACUGUACCAUCUACAGAUCCACAGGGUAGGGAUUUACUUAAUUCUGCCGCCACUCCACCAUCAAGCCCACCCCCGAAAAGUGGCAAUAGCAGUGCUUUCAAUUCAAUUGAGAUCGCAUCCAUAACCUCAGCAUCUGCCAUUUUCUCAGUUCUUAUUGCUCUUGUCAUCCUCUACGUUUACACCCGAAAGUGGAACCCUAGGUCCAGAAUUGGUGGGUCUGCUAGAAAAGAAGUUUCCAUUUUCACUGAUAUCGGAGUGCGCUUAACCUUCGAGGAUGUAGUACGGGCCACUGGGAGUUUCAACGCGAGCAACUGCAUUGGGAGUGGAGGGUUUGGGGCAACCUACAAGGCUGAGAUAUCUCCAGGAGUUUUGGUGGCGAUAAAACGGCUUGCAAUCGGACGGUUCCAAGGGGUUCAACAAUUUGAUGCAGAGAUCAAAACCCUAGGGAGGCUUCGGCAUCCAAAUCUUGUAACCCUAAUUGGUUAUCAUGCGAGUGAAACAGAGAUGUUUCUGAUAUACAACUAUUUGCCAGGUGGCAAUUUGGAAAAGUUCAUCCAGGAAAGGUCAACAAGGGCUGUGGAUUGGAGGGUACUUCACAAAAUCGCUUUGGACAUAGCGCGGGCCCUAGCUUACCUACAUGACCAGUGCGUUCCACGUGUACUCCAUCGUGAUGUCAAACCUAGUAAUAUCUUACUGGAUGAUGACUACAAUGCCUAUUUAUCUGAUUUUGGGUUGGCUAGGCUCUUGGGUACAUCUGAAACGCAUGCUACAACAGGAGUGGCUGGAACUUUUGGGUACGUUGCUCCGGAAUACGCUAUGACUUGUCGUGUUUCUGACAAGGCAGAUGUUUACAGUUACGGUGUGGUUCUGCUUGAGUUGAUUUCAGACAAGAAAGCCCUUGAUCCGUCGUUUUCUACUUUUGGAAAUGGGUUUAAUAUCGUUGGGUGGGCGAGCAUGCUGAUUCGGCAGGGACGUGCCAAGGAAUUCUUCACUGCUGGUUUGUGGGAUGCGGGUCCGCAUGAUGAUUUGGUUGAGGUUUUGCAUUUGGCGUUGGUGUGUACAGUGGAAACUCUAUCAACAAGGCCUACAAUGAGGCAAGUUGUUCGACGGCUGAAGCAACUUCAACCCCCGUCAUGUUAGGCAGGUGAUGAGGCUUAAUUUGAUUAACAGAGUACGUAGAGGGUAAGAGCUCAAUUGUAAGUUUCCUUUGUACUCUCAAGACAACAGAAGUGCUCUUCAUUCUUCGUCCGGAGAAGUUAUUGUCUUCUCAGGAUAUCACGCGGCGGUGUACCUGCUCAAUGGCAAGGGACCGUGUGCCUACCUUGUUGGGAGAAGAGGGGACUAGGUGGGCACAUGGCCUCCUACUAUGGUACUGGCGCUAGGGCAUGUUUUCCAGAAGACCUAGAUAAUUACUCCUCCCCCAACAUGUUCUACCCUUAGAUUUAGUUAUGAAUUGUAGUUACUCCAUGUAAAUUGUAUUAUAGCUUUUGUCCCAAUUUUUCAAUGUCACAUCCCUGGUUAAAGGGGCUUUUCUUAUGAGUCUGCAGAAGAAUGCAGGUACUUGCCUCGCACAUUUUUACGUGGUAUCUCAUUCCGAUUUCAUGUUUGAAUAAAACCCAGAAAAUAGGAAUGUUUCUGAGAA